AGCUCUGAAGCAUUUGUUGACUGAGAAAGCUCAUCCGGUGAGAAAAACUUCGACUCUGCAUCCGCUCAGCAGACGUAGUGCCAUGGAAUCCACCGAGGAAGUGCCCUCAACGAAGGGUGUCGCACCUAUAAAACAAGAGUAUUCUGACUUACGUUUUCCGUGUUAUCAUGUUCCCGACUCAAAACUAUCCCUGAAAUAUUCCUCGUUCGAGUUCCGUUCCAUUGAGGGGCACCAGGGGAACCUCGGUAGACGGUAGAUUCCGGAGCGAGAUGCGCGGAAUAGCCAGGGGAGAGAGACGGAGUUUAUUCACGGAAUCCUAUUCCUUCAGAUACGUAGUUCCGGAAAAACAGCGUGAAUUGGAUCUCAACUUCGUAUCCGUCGCAGUCAAGGAUAAGCUCGCCGACGACGAUGGCAACAGACCGCGGAAAAAGAUCAAGGGUCAGAAUAAGUCUCGACCUCAUCACCAGAGCGCCGAAAACGCUUCGAAACUCUGUUUCAAAUUCAUUGCUGGCUCGUGUCCGCACGAAAACUGCAAGUACAGCCACGAUACGCAGAAAUAUCUGGAAACGAAGGAGGCGGACAUCGGGGAUCGCUGUUAUUUGUUCGAAAAAUACGGAAGAUGUCGAUACGCGAUGACGUGCAGAUUCAGCGAGAGUCAUUUGAAAGAUGGUGUCAAUCAGACGAACGAUGAAACCUACAAAGGGAUCGAGUCAGAGGACGAGAAAAACACUCUAUCGAGGGAGCUACAGAUAAAGCUUCGCAAACGGGACUGUGCUUUCGAGAAGACGAAAGACCCCCUCAAGAAGAUUGCGUCGAAAGACUUUCUGAGAUACAAGGACGAUACCGCUGAGGACAGUGAGAGGAUCAAACUGCGCUUGGAGGAGAGAAAGGCCGUGGAUUUCAGGGGAAAAUUGUACUUGGCACCUUUGACUACAGUCGGUAAUCUACCGUUUCGGAGAAUCUGCAAGGAAAUGGGAGCAGAUAUCACCUGCGGUGAAAUGGCGAUGGCGACUAAUCUCUUGCAAGGACAAACGUCAGAAUGGGCUCUACUGAGGAGGCACUCCUCGGAGGAUAUUUUUGGAAUUCAACUCUGCGGUGGCUAUGCAGACGUUCUUUCUCGCUGCGCUCAACUUCUAGAAGAACAAUGCUCCGUGGAUUUCAUUGAUCUGAACAUGGGUUGCCCCAUAGAUUUCAUCUAUAAAAAAGGUUCCGGCUCCGGUCUGAUGACCCGUUCAACCAGGGUCAAUGAGAUCGUCUAUGCGAUGACCGAGACGUCCACCAUUCCGCUCACCAUGAAAAUGCGCGCUGGCGUACAGGAAAACAAAAAUAUUGCUCACAGGAUAAUACAAGACCUGAAGCCUUGGAUGAACAGGAUUUCCCUAUUCACGGUUCAUGGACGAUCUCGGGAACAGCGGUACACAAAAUUGGCGAAUUGGGAUUACAUAGGCGAAUGCGUAAAGCAAUCCCACCCCGAGAUUGCAAUAUUCGGUAGCGGGGACGUUCUCAGUUUCGAAGAUUACGAACGAUCGGUCAACGAUUACGGUGUCGACGGCGUCCUUUUAGCCAGAGGAGCCUUGAUCAAACCCUGGCUUUUCACGGAAAUCAAAGAGCGGCGGCAUUGGGAUAUCUCGUCGAACGAGCGACUGGACAUUCUGAAAAAGUUCUCCAACUACGGUUUGGAUCAUUGGGGCAGCGACACUGAGGGAGUCGAGCGCACUAGGAGAUUCCUAUUGGAAUGGCUGUCGUUUCUGUACAGAUACAUUCCCGUUGGAUUGCUGGAAAGGCUGCCCCAACGAAUCAACGAUAGACCGCCGCUGUAUCGCGGUCGGGACGACUUGGAAACACUGAUGGCUUCGCCUUCUUGCCGGGACUGGAUCAGGAUAUCCGAAAUGCUUCUAGGGCCAGUCCGUGACGACUUCGAUUUCCUUCCAAAGCAUAAAGCAAACGCGUACAAUUGA